UUUCCAGGAUCCAACCUGACCCAUUAUUUCAGCCACACCGCCCUCGCCAACAAUCCCGCUCGGGCCCUUUUGCUGAUCGGCGCCAUCUUGUUGGCUUAUUGGUUCGUGUCUCUUCUCCUCGGAUUCUUCUUCUAUCUCUUGCACAUCCUAUGCGGCCGUUUCUUCUGGAUCAUCCGUAUCGUCCUCUUCGCUCUGUCCUGCGUCUACAUCCUGCAGAAAUACGAGAGCGAGCCUGAACACGCCGUCCUUCCCCUCUGCUUCGUGGUUGCCGUCUACUUCAUGACGGGGCCCGUGAGCUUCUACUGGCGAAGGAAUAGCCACAAUACCUUGGAGGAGAAGAUCGACCACCUAGAUAGCCAGAUCAGGCUUCUGAACAUCCGUCUGUCUCGCGUGAUCGAGAAUCUGGACCGAGGAGGCGACUAACGGGAGCGUCACCCUUCGGCGCGGGAGACGGGCAAUCGCCACAUCUCAUCUACGACGAAGCGGAUGUUGGGGUAAAGGACAUGUGCACCAUUCAGCCGUUAGUCUUCGCGCGUAGCUUGUCCGUCCAUACCGUGAACGAAACACGAACGAACAGUAAGAUAGAUUAGCUGUACGUUCAGAGAUGUUCGUCUACGAGUAGAAUUUUAUCUGCUGUUUUCCAAGCGUUUGAAACAAAAAAAAAUUUUUUUUAUAAAAAAAAAAAAAAGAAAAAAGAAAAGAAAAAAAAAUAAGAGGGAGGGAGGGAGAUUUGAUAAAGGCCGAUGGAGUCGUUGUUUCGUUUCAAACAAGAAAAUUCUCUGAAACCGGAUGCCGAUUUUACCAUCGGAAAGAAGGAAGGAAGCAUGAAGAAUUCAACAAGGAAUUUUUGUGAGGAUCACAAUUGUGAGGAUCGGUUUUCCUUUCCUUCUUUUUUUUCCCAUCUUGCCUUCGGUGAUCAUUUCAUUUUGUGCCUCAUUUUGUCUUGUCUUUUUCAUAUAAUUGCGAAGGAAAAAAAUAAAUUAUUUGCGUCAAGAUCCCAAUAUGGUUCACCCUGAAUUUUGAAAGCAAGAUGUUGCGUCCUUCGGAGAUCAACCAGAAGCAUCAAAACUGCUUCUGUAUUUUUUUUUUUCUCCAAUCAGUUUUAUUAAAAACAGGCCCUUUCUUUAGCCUAUACAGAAACACACACAAAAAAAAAACCAGUCUACCUUCCCAUAAAUAGGUGAGCCCCUUCUCCAAAACCUCUCCUGCUAAAAUCUUCUGCCUAUCCACGUUGGCUCAUCUUCUUCCUUGGCACAACUUGAGCAAAAGACCUUGAGAAAAACAAUUGAGUGUCAGUCAGAUAAUAUGAGCUGUGGAGAACAACUUUGUGUGCAUAACGGCAGAAGAGAAGUUGGCUUUUCAGAAUGGAAGUUACAUUUCUAUCGAAUUGACGCGUUGCCUGAAAAAAAAGAGAGAAAGGCAGAAAUGACCCCAAGCAGCCACAGCUUGACUCGUUUUUAAAACACCCCAAUCACGAUCGGCGACAGAUUAAAAAAGGAUUGUAAAAAAAGAAGAAGAAAAAGAAGAAAAGGUGGGAUACGGGAAUCUUUCUCAGGAUUAACGUGGCAAUAAAUUCCAUAACAUCAUCAACUUCAGAAGGAUCUGUGCUUCAUUCAUCUAUCCAAAAUCUUUCCCCCCGCCCCUCCCCACAAUAGAUAAUACGGAGGAGACGAUUGGGUUCAAUCCUUAAAAAAGCAGAGUGGCUAAUUUGGUAUUCCAUGAAAAUUGCCCAAAUGACCAUUUGAGGUUCAGGGUGUAAAUGGUACCCACAAAGUAGUAAACUGUCAGGGUCAGUUUCAGAGCAAUUAACAUUGUUUCCCACGUGUUUCUAACCUCAAAAAACACACAAUUCUUUUUUGUUUGAAGACCUAUUCCACAGCCAGUCAUUUCCUGGGAAAACUGGAAGCUGCAGGAAUAGUUAGCAUUUCCUGGCCUCGUGAUGCCUCUUUUCUUGCGUGCUUGUGGAAGUGGGCAAUUAUUUUGCCCGGAUGACACUCAAUGAUGUGUGUGUGUGUCUAGAUAUAUAUAUAUAUAUAUAGUGAGUUGGUAAAUGUCUCCUUCCUUCUAGAAAAAACAACAUUUUUGAAGGUUGCCACCGAUUCCCACAAUUGUUCCCAAAUGAAGGCUCCAGAAAACACAAAACCGCCGCUUUUCUUCCGCGAUCGAAUUCUUCAAAUCGAAUAAAGAUCCGCGAUCUUUAUUCUUGCAGAAUAAAAGAAAAGGCAACUUGAAAUCGAGAGAACGUUGGUUAAAAUGAAUUCCCUCCUUUAAAUCAACUUUCCCGUUAAGUGGCAAUGCAGGAACUAGUAAAAAGUAUAUAGAUGUAUAUGUAUAAAUAGAUUUGAUAUACACAGCAUUUUGUUCGGUAUAAGGCUAUAGUUGAAAAAAGAAUAUAUAUAUAUAUAUAUAUAUUGCCCCCGCUGCCUUGGUGCAGAUUUGGCUAAGAAAAAUUCUCUUUUAUGUAAAUUAAACAGGAGCACAAAUUAUUGUACUUGAAAUAGACUCUUCUUGCCAUUUCCUUGCAGAGUUUUGAAAGUGAAGAUGACCUUAAGUUAUUUUUUCCCCUUAUUCUAUUAAAAAUACAAAUGUGGAUGGAUUUUUUUUCUGCUUUAUUUUUCUUCUUGUUACUGUUCACUUCUCUUCUGGAUAGAACCAUUGUGGUAUUUUUUCACCUUUGCUCAUCUAGAAAAUACCCUGCUUUGUUAAAAAAAAAAAAAACAGGUAUUGGUAUAUAUUUAUUGAAUAUAUAGGUUCAGGGAGAAAAAUUAAGCAUUGCAGUUAAUUAUUGAUGGCUGUGGUUGGCCAUGGGCAGCCAGUAAGGUAUUUAAUUUGAUUUGUCAAUUCAGGGAAAGAGAGGUGAAAUGUUUAAACUAACCAGCUGCGAUUCUUUUCUUAUAAACCUUACAUCAGUUUUCAAAUUGGUACCAGGUUUUUUUUUUCCCCCAGCCUGAAUUAAGAUUGGAUUUGAACUGUUGUUUGGAAAAACAGUUUUGCAAUGUGUGCCAGUUUACUGUUACAACCUCAGCAAAUACCGGUAAGUAUUUUUUUCCCCCUUAAUUGCAACGUCAGCCGACCUUGGUUAAUUCUAACUUGGAUUGUCCUUCAGAUCCUAGGUAUAAUUCUGGUUAGAACUACCCAUAGUUGAUACUAGUGGAAGCAAAAUACUGGAUGCCAAAGCAUGCAUUGCAUUCUUAAAUAAUGCAAGAAUAUACAAAGCUAAUCCUCUUUUGUAUAGUUAAGAGGUAUUAGACGUGCUAAAAUUCCACUUUGCCAAGAUUUUUACAUUCCUAGGGUGGUUUUCAUUCAAUAAAUAGACCGAUUUUCGUUUAUUAAUCAUUCAAAACAACUUAACAAACCCCCAUCUUGUUGGGAUAUUACAAUGAUGGCAGCUCAAGGGAAAUUUUUUUCUCCCAACCGAGAAUUCCAGUCUUGUGUUAAAAUCAGAGUGUCGUGUAGACAUAUGUGGUGAACAUCUGUGCAAUUAUUGUGAUCGAUUGAGGCACAUCAGCCUGACCAAGAAAUAGAGCAGAACUACUGAAUUUAAUGUGCUUUUUUAAAGUUGUUUUGGGUUUUGGAAUAUUGUGUGCAAAUGUGUGCUAAGAUAAUGUCAUACUUUUGCCUUUUGGGAUAUAAUUAGGGUUUGGGGUUUUUUUCCCAAAGCUGCUUUGUCUUUAUUUGUUGGCUGUAGAUUAUCUCUUUUUCUUCUGUUGAUGAAGGUGACAUGUGUUUUCGUGCCUGUUAAUUUGUAUUUUGCAGCUAAGAUUCUUCUCUUAUCUUCUCCUUCUUUUAAAGAUCUUUAAUCUUUCUUAUGUUUUGCAUGAAACUUAAAAUCGCUUCCUUGAUUCCUUGGAUCCUUGUUGCCAAGUGCCAUGUUUAAAAAAUUUCAUGUUGUAAAAGCAGAAAUAUAUAGUAUCUAUAUAUAGAUAGAUAGAUAUCCCUGGAUCAUAACUGUUUUAUCUGCACUGAGUAUAGUGAUUGAUUAUCCUACCUGGACAUUUGAUCUCCUAAGUAUUAGGUUUUUUUUAAAAAAAAAAAAAAGUCUGUAUGGCAAAAUUAUGUGUUUUGUUUAAGAAAAAAAAGAUUUUGGUGAGAAGGAAGUGUCGUGGGCCUCCUUUUAAUCAAUGAUCUUAAUAAAACCUUAGUUCUGUGAAUGAUGCUGUUGAAUAACUGUGAAGAUUUGGGGAAAACGUUCAUCCACGCCUUUAUUUAUUAUCUGACCACCAAGACCUAUGUACUUUUACAUAGUGAAUUGUUUGUAGACUGAUGUCACAACUGAAUUAUGGUGUGGUGACCAAAUAAAUCUUAAAUGUUUACUGUAA